CAUAACCUCUUUAUCUUUGUAACAGAACCACCGUAGCAUAUGACGCACUUUUCUCGAGGAAACCUCUGUUUGAUCGUACUUAAAAAUCCGAAAGAAAAGAAAAAUACAGAAAAAUGACAGCAGAGAAAGUAGAAAUUGACACAUCAACGUUAAAUGGGAAAACUGAUAAUGAGGAUAUUGUAACACCUUGGGAUGUAGCAAGUAACAACGAGACUGGAAUUGAUUAUGACAAGUUAAUUAAAAGAUUUGGAAGUUCAAAAAUUGAUGAAGAACUAUUAAGUAGGUUUGAGAAAAUCACAAGACAGAAACCUCAUCACUUUCUUAGAAGAGGAAUAUUCUUUUCUCAUCGAGAUAUGCAUACUAUCUUAAAUAUUUAUGAACAAGGAAAACCUUUUUAUCUUUAUACUGGCAGAGGACCUAGUUCAGAUUCUAUACACUUAGGACAUCUUAUACCAUUCAUGUUUUGUAAAUGGUUACAAGAUGUAUUUCAUGUUCCAUUGAUUAUUCAAUUAACUGAUGAUGAGAAAGCAAUAUGGAAAAAUAUAAAAAUAGAAGAUGCAAUUAAGUUGGCCUACAAUAAUGCAAAGGAUAUCAUUGCCCUUGGAUUUAAGCCAGAGAAUACUUUUAUUUUUUCUAAUUUAGAACAUAUUGGAAAUAAUGCUGCAUUUUACCAAAAUAUGAUCAGAAUACAAAGGAGUGUUACGUUUAAUCAAGUGAAAGGUAUUUUUGGAUUUGGAGACAGUGAUCCUAUUGGAAAAAUUGCAUUUCCACCUACACAAGCUGCUCCAGCAAUUUCUGGAAGUUUUCCCUUUAUUUUUAAGAAUGCAAAAGUUCACUGUUUAAUACCAUGUGCUAUAGAUCAAGAUCCUUAUUUUCGAAUGACAAGAGAUGUUGCACCAAAACUUGGUUAUCCAAAGCCAGCACUACUGCAUUCCAUAUUCUUUCCUGCCUUACAAGGCUCUAAAACAAAAAUGUCUGCUAGUGAUAAUAAUACUGCAAUAUUUUUAACAGACACUCCUAAGCAAAUUAAAAAAAAAGUUAACAAACAUGCAUUCUCAGGAGGGCAAGCUACUAUUGAAGAACAUAGACAAAUAGGAGGCAAUUGUGAUAUUGAUGUAGCAUAUCAGUGGUUAAGAUUUUUCCUAGAGGAUGAUGAAAAAUUAGAACAACUUAGGAAAGGAUAUACUAGUGGAGAAAUUUUAACAGGAGAACUUAAAAAAGAAUUAAUUGAUGUUGUACAGCCUUUGGUGGCUGCACAUCAACAAACUAGAAGUAAAUUAACAGAUGAGAUAGUUAAACAAUAUAUGGUUCCUAGAGACCUCGGUUUUAUGACAAAUGUAAAAUAG